CUCUCCCUGAACCUCACUCAAUCCCGCACCAUGGCUACCGAAAUCCCCAAGAUCAAGGUUAAGAACCCCGUCGUGGAACUCGACGGUGAUGAGAUGACCCGUAUUAUCUGGCAGGACAUCAGAGAAAAGUUGAUUCUUCCUUUCCUGGACAUCGAUCUCAAGUACUACGACCUGGGUCUCGAGUACCGUGACCAGACCGAUGACCAGGUCACCAUUGACGCUGCCGAGGCCAUCAAGCAGUAUGGUGUCGGUGUCAAGUGCGCCACCAUCACCCCCGAUGAGGCUCGUGUCGAGGAAUUCAAGCUGAAGAAGAUGUGGCUGUCUCCCAACGGUACCAUCCGUAACAUCCUCGGCGGUACCCUCUUCCGUGAGCCCAUCGUCAUCCCCCGUAUCCCCCGUCUCGUCCCCGGCUGGACCAAGCCCAUCAUCAUUGGCCGUCACGCCUUUGGUGACCAGUACCGUGCCAAGGACCGUGUGAUCCCCGGCCCCGGCAAGCUGGAGCUCGUCUACACCCCCGCUGGCGGCCAGCCCGAGUCCAUCGAGGUCUACGACUUCCAGGGUGGCGGUGUUGCCCAGACCCAGUACAACACCGAUGAGUCCAUCCGCGGCUUUGCCCACUCCAGCUUCCAGAUGGCCCUGCUCAAGGGUCUCCCCCUGUACAUGAGCACCAAGAACACCAUCCUGAAGAAGUACGACGGCCGCUUCAAGGACAUUUUCCAGGAGAUCUACGAGACCACCUACCAGAAGGAGUUCGACGCCAAGAAGAUCUGGUACGAGCACCGUCUGAUUGACGACAUGGUCGCUCAGAUGAUCAAGAGCGAGGGUGGCUUCGUGAUGGCCCUGAAGAACUACGAUGGUGAUGUCCAGUCCGACAUCGUCGCCCAGGGCUUUGGAUCCCUCGGUCUGAUGACCUCGACCCUGGCCACCCCUACCGGCGAGGCGUUCGAGUCCGAGGCCGCGCACGGCACGGUGACCCGUCACUACCGCGAGCACCAGAAGGGCCGCGAGACGUCGACCAACCCCAUUGCCUCCAUCUUCGCCUGGACCCGUGGUCUGGUGCAGCGUGGCAAGCUGGACGAGACGCCCGACGUGGUUGCGUUCGCCGAGGAGCUGGAGCGCGCGUGCGUGGACGUGGUGAACGACGAGGGCAUCAUGACCAAGGACCUGGCGCUGGCUUGCGGCCGCAAGGACCGCGAGGCGUGGGUGACGACCCGCGAGUACAUGGCUGCGGUGGAGCGCCGACUCAAGUCCAACCUCAAGGCCCGCCUCUAAAUACCCACGUCGUUGACAUUGCAUUGAUACACUAACGCUAGCGAGACUCGCCGAGUCGAAUGUCUUUUUUUUUUUUUU